AUCCAAUUAUUGCGCACAUGCCGAUAAAGAGAAUAAAGUCCACAUGUGUCACUCUCCAAUGUUUUUCUUUCCUUUCCAUCGAAACAGUGCAUUUAUAUAUAGCAGUUAUCAGAGCAAGAAAGAAGGCUUGAUGAUAAUUAAUAUGGAAGAAAGCAAAGGGAGAGUGUGUGUUACAGGUGGUACAGGGUUUAUUGGUUCAUGGAUUAUCAAAAGGCUCCUACAAGAUGGUUACUAUGUUAGCACCACUGUGAGAUCAGAUCCAGAGCACAAGAAGGAUGUUAGUUUUUUAACCAGCUUACCAGGAGCAUCUCAAAGGCUACAAAUUCACAGUGCUGAUCUCAGCAAUCCAGAAAGUUUCAAUGCAGCCAUUGAAGGGUGCAUUGGAGUUUUCCAUGUAGCUACCCCAGUUGACUUUGAAUUAGAUGAACCUGAGGAGGUAGUGACCAAAAGAUCCAUUGAUGGUGCACUUGGCAUUUUGAAGGCAUGCCUCAAUUCCAAGACUGUGAAACGAGUUGUUUACACCUCUAGUGCCUCUGCUGCGGCUUUCAAUAACAAGGAAGUGUUGGAUGAAAGCUGUUGGAGCGACGUGGAUAGUCUUAGAGCUUCAAAGCCAUUUGGUUGGUCCUAUGCGGUUUCAAAGACAUUGACAGAAAAGGCAGUGCUUGAAUUUGGAGAACAAAAUGGAUUGGAUGUUGUCACACUAAUUCCAACUUUUGUGUUUGGACCCUUCAUUUGUCCAAAGCUUCCUAGCUCGGUUCAAGCUUCCUUGUGUUUUGCAUUUGGAGGAAAAAGUGCCUUUGGUUUCAUAAUUCAAACACCUAUGGUGCAUGUAGAUGACGUGGCUAGAGCACAUAUAUUUCUGCUGGAACAUCCUAAUCCAAAAGGGAGGUAUAGUUGUUCACAGUGUCUGGUAACUUUUGAAAGAAUCUCUGAACUUGUUUCUGCCAAAUAUCCAGAAUUUCAACUAGAGACAGUAGACUCGUCCAAGCAAAUUGAAGGUAUCAAGAUACAAGAUUUGUCUUCAAAGAAACUGAAAGAUGCUGGAUUUGUGUUCAUGUACGGACUUGAGGAAAUGCUUGAUGAUGCAAUCCAAUGCUGCAAACAAAAAGGGUUACCUGUGAGGUAGUUGUGUACCCUUUUUAUGUCAUAUGAUGAAGGUUAUACAUACAAUAACAUAACUAUCUGUGCUGAAAAAUGGUUAUUCAAGCUACCAGUUGAUAGAUUUUGGUUUUGGAAUUGGACUACGAUUCUAUUGGUAAUAGAAACUAGCUUUUGUGGCAAUAGCUAUUGAUUCGUUUUGGUUUUGGUUUUGGUUUGUAUUAAAUAAAUCUAGCAACAUGUGUUGAGUUGGUUGUGGAAAAUCUAGAUACAUAUGUUUUGUAAAAGUAAUGGAGUUGUGGGACUUUCCAAAGGCUAUCACAAAUGCAUUCGUGGA